UGCAGCUCUGAUGGUUGUCAUUAACACCAGCUUCAACACAAAGAACCAUUUUACACCACCUCUUAAACCUCUAGAACGUAGCCUCUCAUUAUGUUGGAGCAGACCCGUGGAUGGAAGAUGAUGGAGUUGUGGAUUCUUCUUUUUCUGCAUGCUCAGCUCGGUGGGUUCACCCCCCUCCCUCCUCCCUCCAGCGUCUCCAUCUCCUCCUUCAACAUGGGGCACACGCUCAGCUUCCUUCCUGACCCUCUAAGCCCCGCCCAUGCCCGGUUCAUGGUCCAGACCAUCAGACUCAGCAGGAGGAAGUUGUGGCAGUCGGUGGCGGCUUGCUCUGAUAUGGCAGAUGGACAGACGUGUAAUCUGACGAAAGUCUUUAAUGACCCCUUUGAAUCAUACCAGGCCCGUGUGCGAGCCUUCACUUCCAGCCAGACCUCUAACUGGACUUUAUCUGGACCCUUCCAGCCUAUAACCGACACUGUGAUUGGACCUCCCGCCCUCUCCGUGUCCGGCUGUGGAAACUGUCUGGUGCUGCAGUUCACUCUCCCCACCUUUGGGGGGCUCCAGCAGCAGCAGCAGCAGCUUAGAGAGCUGUACAGGAAGCUUGACAUCCAAGUGAGGAGGAGCCGAGAUGGAGCACAGUUUAUGAUGAGCGUGCCAAUCACGGACCAGAUGGUGAUCCCAUACCUACAGACCGGUGCUGAGUACUGUGUCAGCGUUAGAGUGAGCUCUUUGUUUACCACCACUUCACAUUACAGCCAACCAACCUGUGUGUAUACCAGCACACCUUCACCUGGACACACCGCAGUGUUUGUGCUGUUUGGUCUGAUGGGGGCACUGUGUUCUCUUGGUCUGCUCUUCAUUGGUGUGGUGAUCUGCAUCAGUGGGCGGAGCUUCAGAAAUCCACGCCUUCUUACAGCUCUGGUAACUUCCUGUGAAUCUGUGAAAGUUUUGUUGCGAUCUGUGGUCAUCUCCAUGAUGAAAACGCCAUCUCAAGUCGAUCCUCGUCCUCGUCGGCGGACUGGAUGGUGGUCGCCUCGUUAGCUCCGCCUUUGCUGACAGGUUGAUUCAGCAUCAGCAUUUCAACUGACGGCAAAGUUUCAUGGACGUGUUUUCAUUCUUCUUUAACACUGCUCCUCGUCCACUCAUCUCUCUGUUCAUGUAUUCAUAAAUGGUUAGACAAUAAUUAGAUGCAGAAAAUCCAGAUCUGGAUCGGGUUUUACAAAAGAGGAUUAGGGACAUCUUCAAAAUAGAAAAUGAUUUUGGAUGGUAUCGUUUCCCUGUGUCUUAGCUCCACCAGCAAGAAAUAGGCUCUGCGUAUGCAUCACUUCUGCAUUUGACAUUAGGCCGCUCACAAACUUCUGGUCAGAAGACUGAACGCAGAAGAGAACGGUGUACGAUGGCAGAUUUGUUGCGAUUUACUCACUGUUUGCAUACGUUACCCAAGCUGACUGUCAAUGGUGAGUAAAUUUAGCUGAAGAUGUACAUUGUGGCACACAGCAAUGAUGUCCAGAAAUGCUAUUAACCCGUUUUGGAAAUUUAAUUUUAGCACAUUUGGUUGCCAUUAUGAUAAAGAGUAAACACAAACAAAAAUCAAACAAACAAAAAAACUCACGAAUAAACACAGUACAGGAUGGUUAGAUUUCAGUUAGUACAUAUCGUCGGGCGGAAGUUGUAAAGUGGCCCUCUUUUCCAUCGGAAAAACAUCACACCCUGCCUUGCAUAGACAAGAGUACCUUGAUGCAGACAAGAUGGCCGACAAACAUCCAAUUCAUAGGUCUCAACCGGAAGUCCGUACAUCUAAGAUUAGGCUUAGGCAUUAAAACCCGAGUAGUUAGGUUCAGGGUAAGGCAGUGGGGAAGGUGAUAUAUUUGAGAUCCAGCACCAAGGGUUAGGCUUAGGUGCGAAAAAGACUGACAAACACUGGCAGCGGAGUCCAACACGAAGAAGAAACUUCUGCUUGGGACUUCUGGCAUGGAUUGGGUGUAUAGCGAUGCCCAUGUCGGCCAUCUUGACUGCAGUUGGGUCCCUCUUUGCAUAGAGCUUAUUGAAAGGAAGAUGUAAAGAAGAGCGUCAGUCUAAGCGAAGUCAGGUACUGAUGAUGAGCCGAUUCACCUCAUAGUCCAAACCUUAAGCAGACCCUCAUUUAAAAUCAAUUCAAAACCUUUUAGAUGACUCACUAUAAAAAUAGUUAAAAACAUAGUUCUAAAAUGUCUCAAGAAAAGCAUCCUUUAUUUUACAUAUCUGAUUUUCAGUAAGCUGGUUAAGGACAGGCAUCAACAAAAUUUGCACUAGGUCUGAAUUUAGUGGAAAUGUUCCUUUAAAGUCUACACAAAUUCACUAAAAUUUCAAAGACUAACUUAAAUGUAUCUGAAAAUUCUUUGUUUUUUAAGGAUUCCCUAAAAAGUCCCCAAAUAUUUCACUGAAACUUGUCAUAAAGCCUUAACAUUACAAUAAAUAUUUCCCCAAAAAUUCAAUGAAAAUUCCCCAAAAAUCACAACUAUAUUCUCCCAGAGUCCAUGAAAAUUCCCCCAAACAUCCAAAGAAUUUCAUUGAAAUUUUACUCAAGUAUCUGGAAUCAUUAAAGGAAUUUUCUGCAGUUACAUUUUUUUUAGGUAAUUGUUUAGAAAAGCUUCAGUAAAUUGAUUGUAAUUUGGGGAAAUUUGCUUUAAAAUUUUGGGGGGAUUUUCUUGAAAUUUGGAUGAUAUUUUGGUGAGUGUCAUGAUCUUGUAUUAAUUUAGUUUUAGAGUGUCUUUAGAGUUCUCCUGUUUCUAGUUUAUUAUGUUAUUUUAUCCUUGUGUGUUCCUGUAUUUAUUCUAUGUGCUUCGAUGUUUCUAAAGUUUAUUUUGUUAUUUUGUACUUGCGUGUUUAUGUAUAUAUCCUAUUUGCCUUCUAUGUUUCUGUUGUAGAAUGUUGUAAUGACACAGAGACAGCUGCAUGGUCACAACAAUACUGUUAAUUUGGGUACAAACCACUUUAUG